CGACCUGUUUUAUCUGCUGCACUUCCACUAUGAAACUCAGCGGAUUGUUCGCGUCCAAGGAUCUGCACGACUUAUUUUCUCUGCAAAUCGACUCGGUUUGUGACUUGUCAACAUGUUACUGUUUUGCCCCACCUGUGGGAAUGUUUUAAUCGUCGAAGAAGGACAAAGAUGUAUGAGAUUCGCCUGUAACACUUGUCCAUAUGUACACAACAUCACCAGAAAGGUGAACAACAGAAAGUAUCCCAAGUUAAAAGAGGUGGAUGAUGUUCUUGGCGGCGCUGCAGCGUGGGAGAACGUGGAUUCGACAGCAGAAACGUGUCCGAAGUGUGGGCAUCCCCGGGCUUAUUUCAUGCAGAUCCAGACCAGAUCAGCUGAUGAGCCGAUGACGACUUUCUACAAAUGCUGCAAUGCACAGUGUGGACAUAGAUGGAGAGAUUGACUGUGCUGUAUUAAUGUGAAAAUUCUGCUUUGUCUCUUGAGAAUCUUUACCCUCAAAUACAUUUCUUAUUUAUAUGCAACAGUCACUGGUCGGACAUCAUAAAUUUAAGAUAAUAAAAACAACUUCUUCUUGA